CGCCAGCUCAGUCCGAGCUCGAGCUGGGAAGCGUUGUCAGGGUGAGCGGAGAAGUAGCGCGCCUCGUGUCCUUUUGCCGGCCGGCCUGUCUGUCUGUCAGCCUUCAGCGAAACGGGAGAAUACUGCAGCACCCCACAGCACCAACUCUGAAUUUACAGUAUGUCUGCUAUCGUCUACUGUCAAAGAAAACAGGUUAUAAUGCAGGAUCAUCGCAGAAGAAACUCAUUUCUAUAGCCACGGGGAUACCAAGGACUUGAUUACAGUCAAUCUAAGCCUGCUAGUUUUGCACCCCAGCUGCUGUGGCCUGUUUUAGCAGACUGUUGGCUGGCAUUUCCUCUAACUCCCUGCUCUGCAAACGAAGACUCGGAACCCAUCUUUCUUGGUCUGGUGCCAGUGCCUUCGUUUUUAUUUCCCUUGGCUGUCACCAGUAUUCUUUUGUCAAGUUGCAUCAUUCUUCGGCCUGAAACAAAGUACCAAAAUGGUCCCAAACGGAUAUUUAAUUUUUGAAGACGAAAGCUUCCUGGAUUCAACUGUGGCCAAAAUGAAUGCACUGAGGAAGAGUGGGCAGUUUUGUGAUGUCAGACUUCAGGUCUGUGGACAUGAGCUUAUGGCACACCGAGCUGUCCUGGCUUGCUGCAGCCCCUACCUGUUUGAGAUCUUUAACAGUGACGCAGAGCCUCACGGGGUGUCCCAUGUGAAGUUCGAUGAUCUGAACCCGGAAGCAGUUGAAGUCCUGCUCAACUAUGCCUACACUGCUCAACUUAAAGCUGAUAAAGAGCUGGUUAAGGAUGUGUAUUCUGCAUCUAAGAAACUCAAGAUGGAAAGAGUUAAACAGAUCUGCGGUGACUACUUACUGUCAAAGAUGGACUGCCAGAGCUGUAUCUGUUACCGUAACUUUGCAAGCUCCAUGGGAGAUGGGCGACUCUUGAGUAAAAUUGAUGGCUACAUCCAGGAGCACCUGUUAGAGAUCUCAGAACAGGAAGACUUUCUCAAACUCCCCCGUCUUAAGUUGGAGGUAAUGCUUGAAGACAACGUCUGCCUGCCAGGAAAUGGUAAACUUUACUCCAAGGUGAUCAACUGGGUGCAGCGGAGCUUGUGGGAAAGUGGAGAACAACUGGAGUCGCUAAUGGAGGAGGUUCAAACGCUGUACUACUCAGCUGAUCACAAACUGCUUGAUGGGAAUCUGCUUGACGGACAGACUGAGGUGUUUGGCAAUGAUGAUGACCACAUCCAGUUUGUUCAGAAGAAGCCCCUUCGCGAGAAUGACCACAGGCCAAUGAGCAACAGCUCCUCUGGAAGUCUGUCUCCCAGCUCUGUGAAUCAGCUGUGCAAGCACGAGUGGAAAUACAUAGCCUCUGAGAAGACAACCAACAACAUCUACCUGUGCCUGGCUGUCCUGAAUGGAGUGCUGUGUGUUAUCUUCCUGCACGGCCGAAACAGCCCCCAGAGCUCCCCAUCUGGAACACCCUGCAUGCUGAAGAGCAUGAGUUUCGAGGUGCAGCCAGAGGAGCUGGAGGAGAAAUUGCUGUCUCCUAUGCACUACGCUCGGUCAGGCCUGGGCACAGCAGAACUCAACGGCCGGCUUAUUGCAGCAGGUGGCUAUAACAGGGAAGAAUGCUUGCGUACCGUGGAAUGCUAUGAUCCGGACAAGGACAGCUGGACUUUCAUUGCUCCAAUGAGGACACCAAGAGCACGCUUCCAGAUGGCAGUGCUAAUGGGCCAACUGUAUGUGAUGGGAGGUUCCAACGGACAUUCAGAUGAGCUCAGCUGUGGAGAAACGUAUGACCUGAAUGCUGACGAGUGGACUCAAGUGCCAGAGUUAAGAACAAACCGCUGCAAUGCAGGUGUUUGCUCCUUAAACAACAAACUGUAUGUUGUUGGUGGAUCAGAUCCAUGUGGCCAGAAAGGCUUGAAGAACUGUGAUGUUUUCGACCCUAUUACAAAGAUCUGGACAAGCUGUGCUCCACUUAAUAUAAGGAGACACCAGGCAGCAGUGUGUGAACUGAACAACUUCAUGUACGUCAUCGGAGGAGCAGAGUCCUGGAAUUGUCUGAAUACAGUGGAGCGCUACAACCCUGAAAACAAUACCUGGACUCUAGUUGCUCCCAUGAACGUAGCUCGGCGUGGGGCAGGGGUGGCUGUGUACGAGGGAAAGCUGUUUGUGGUUGGAGGGUUUGACGGCUCUCAUGCCCUGAGGUGUGUGGAAGUGUACGACCCAGCCAAGAAUGAGUGGAAGAUGCUGGGGAGCAUGACAUCAGCUCGGAGCAACGCGGGUGUGGCGGUGCUGAGGAAGUUCAUCUGUGCAGUGGGUGGCUUCGACGGGAAUGAGUUCCUCAACACCUUCGAAAUAUACGACCCCGAAACCAAUGAGUGGAGUCCCUGCAUUGAUGCCUUUACCGUUAAUUGAAUGUGUGCAGCACCUUUCUCAAACUAACAGGCUUAGUGAUGUAAUUGUGUUUAGUGAAGUUUUACAUGUGAGCAGGUUUGGGAGGGGGAUUCUUCAGUGAAGAUGGGUUUAUGAGGGUGGGAAAUAAAAAUUCAACUGGGUUGCUGACUGCAACAUAAAUCCUUUGCAUAUUGCAUACAAUAUAUUGUGCUGUAUAUAUUUUGUUUCAUUGUUUUUUUUUUUUGUCCUUAUAAGAAUGCCAACAUUUAAGUACAUUCUUUCUGGAGCUGAGUUUUUUUUUUUCAGGAAAGGGUUUUUGGAGCAGAACAGUUUUCACGUAUGUAUUAGGUCAUUUUUUCCCUGUUCUCUAGUGGUUAAUGCAAGAAGUACUAACCAAGUUUAGAGCAAAAUAAAUGGUGAUAACUAGCUGAGCUUUACGUUCAAGGAUUGUUUCUAAAUUGGGGAAAUUUAACUUUAUACUUUAGUUUCUAACUGGGAAAAUCUGCAGUUAAGAGCCUUAUUCACAAAAUUAUAUGGCUGUUUUGUGUCAUUUAAACUAAAGCUGAAAAUGCGUAUCAAUAUAGUGUAUCUUUUAUGAUGGCCUUUUUUAUAUUUUUUAUACACAGCUGAGCAAUUUACCAAUAGAUGUAAAACCUAAGUGUCAGAUUUUUUUUUUUCAAAGCAUUAAAUUACUUUGGUUGCAUCACAUAAACAUGCUACAAAGCUUCUGCCUUUGCACAGAAAAGUUUGGUACUGCAAUUUUACAGAUUGUUGUUGAACUGCAAUGGCAUUUUUGAAUGUUAAAAAUACACUUGUUCAGUAUUUAAAACUUUCUUUCUGGUUGUAAUUUUUAAAAGGAUUUGGAGGGUGUGAAAUUCCAUAUCACUUUUGUUACAAGCUAAUAAGUUAAUAUUCCUUAACUAAUAAACCAUAUCAACUCACAAAA